GGGAGUCGGACGGGGCGGCUGAGCUCCGAGAUGUCCCGCAGUGACUCGGGCCGAGGCGACGGGCAGACUGGACCCCAGAUUGGCCCUGGACGGCCGCGGCAAGCGUACCCAUUCAUUCGCUCAGCCCGCGUGCCACUGGGCACUGGGGGUGAGAUUGUGAUUAGGCAGACUCGCCUGAAGCCCGAAACCGUUGUGGGGACCGAGCUUGCACAAACAUAAGAACCUGCAGUGUUGACUGCGGUGACUGCUGAAGUGUCAGCGCCGCCUGGGAACUUAGGCUUCUCGCGAGAAGUGGUCCUUAAGAAACAACGUGAGAGGAAGUCCGGUAGUGUCCUAAACUAGUCCCAGAGGGAGAAAAGAAAAUCACGGACAUUUCCAAGAACAAAAGGUAGCGCGGACAUCUGAAAGACAAGGAGCAUAAAACUAGUCUGGAAAAAUGAGUUAGUGGUCACGACAUCCAAGGAAUUUUGUGAGCCAGAUUGAAGUUUUGCUCCCCGUUAUCUCAUGAGCAGUAGGAAACUGUUAGCCUGGCAACAGUCUCGUGAAUUGUAACUUUUCAAGGCUACUUUAACUGUACUGUGGAUAGUUAGAGAGAGGCCCAGCCCUACAACACAUAAACUUACAGUCAGAAAGACCAGCUAAAAGGUCCUGUGUUCUGGAUGAAGAUUGUCAUUGUGGUGGGAAUGGAGAAAAUUUUAAGUGAGUUCAUGCAAAGGGGCCUGGACUCGGAAACCAAGAAACAACUGGAGGAGGAGGAAAAGAAGAUGAUCAGCGAUGAGCACUGGUACCUGGAUCUGCCAGAGUUCAAGGAGAAAGAGAGUUUCAUCAUUGAAGAGCAGAGCUUCUCACUAUGUGAAGAUCUUCUCUAUGGAAGGAUGUCGUUCAGAGGAUUUAAUCCUGAAGUUGAGAAGUUAAUGCUUCAGAUGAAUUCUAAGAACAAAGCCGCGGCAGAAGAAGAGGAGACAGUGGAGGUGGAUGUGUCGGAUGAAGAGAUGGCGAGGAGAUAUGAGACUUUGGUGGGAACAAUUGGAAAAAAGUUUGCCAAGAAGAGGGACCGAGCCAAUUACGAAGAAGAUGAAAAUGGAAAUAUAAAACCCAUUAAAACAAAGAAGAUGUUCUUAAAGCCCCAAGAUUAAAAUGGAUGCCUCGGAUACACAGAUGCCUGUGAGCACAGCGGGUUUGAGGUCCUCCCCAUGGCGUCUGUAGGGGUUAAUGCUCCAUCCAGUGUUACCUGUAAGGAGUGUGCUGUUGUUGAGACAGAUGUGUAGUGGAUGUUAUACAUCCUUUCAGUGGCAUUCUUCAGGGUCUUCAAUGUGUGGGCACAUGCCGCUCCUGUUUGACCUGGGUUUGAUCUGUGUGUGUGUACACACCGACAGGACACAUGUGAACAGCUCUCUCUCACUGUCCUGGAAUGACUGUUGUAACCUCAUUAUUGCCAUUGUUUCAGCUGCCCUUAUAUUUAUAGUUUACUUUUUUUAAUCAUGUCAAGCCAAUUCAUCCAUUCACUUUGGAAUCAAAUAUUAGAGAACUUCCCAGAAGUGAUUGAUCAGGAGCAGACAUGUCUCUCUAACCUGAAAUGUCUAUAUGCUGCCGGGUCUUUCUCGUCUGCAGAGGUGUGGUUUUUGAUUAUUCAAAGCAGUCAAUUGGGUUGUUUUUCUAACAUUCUGUAAUAAACUUCUGUUUUUGUAUACCUUUCUGGUUUUUUUACACUUUGAAACAAUUUUAGUCUUACUUAGUGAUACAACCUUAUGCAAAUAAUAACUUAUGAGGACUAACCAUUAAUUAAGACUGUACUGAUAUGUAAGAUUGAAACAAAAGGUUUCCUUGUGUCAGUCAAGAACAGUUACCAGUUUCUUAGGGUACAGCUCGAUAGAAUUGAGCACUGACUAGACCCCAUUCUAAGUACAUCAGCACAUGGAAUUGUCUGUCUGUGUGGAGAUGCCUGCUGAGAUUUCUGACCAUUACCAGUAAAGGACUUGCCUUUCUCUGGAUCCCUGUAGUCUACAACUGUUGUGACCUCAGCACUGUGAGUUAAGUUAUGUGUUGACUUUGCCAUCCAGUCAAGAAUACUCAGGUAGGCCUGUUACCAAAGAGGUAUAGUGAGUCCCCUAGAAACUGACCCUAAACCAGCUGGGAUUCUGCUCACUUUAAAGAUACUUUCUGUACAGCAGACAUUUGCAGUUUAUUAAGUAGAAAUAAAGAUGAAUUUCUUUCAGGAGUGGGCUGAGUUA